AUGGGUUCGAUCGGAAGCGACGAUGACAUGCGUGCGUUCGAAGCAACACUAAAUUUCGUGGAGGAGUAUCCCAGCGAUGCUUUACACUCGAUGGAGCUGCCCACCCUCUCAAUCACAUCGGACAUGUUUUCGUUUCACUGUGACAAUCAGCCUCUAAAACGCGACAUCGUCCCGUCGCUUACUGACUCAUUCACUGAUACUCUGACUAUGGUAUCGACCGAAUCAACCGGUCCGUUUUUCAUGGACAACUCAAAUAAAGUUCCUUUUAAAUCACAAUCAUCAACAUCACAAAAGUCGAUUAAAAAGCGAAAAUCGCAAACCAACUCGAACAGGGCACGUAAUGAGCUUCGUUUUGAGCUUGCAUUUCUCCGUGAAAAGGUGACGCAACUGCAAGACGAAUUAAAGUCGUUACAAUCGACUGAAGAUGAACAGAUUUGUAAAGGAGGAGACUCAACGAAGUUUGCUGCCAAGAUCUCUGGAAGACGUUCUCGUCCUUCGUCGGAAGUUCUUUGUGCGUGGAAGGGACUCGCUAACAGACAGUUACAACGUCGUAUCGACUCGGAACGUGAGAAUUCGCGCCUCAGACUCAAUGUGGAACACCAGCGGAAAAUUGCUAUCGACUUGACCAAGCUUUUGCGGAAACGAUUGGCAGAGUGUGCAGAGACGCAAGAUCCAAGUGUCAGGAUGAAUCGUUUCACUCGAGUCUUAGACUACCACGGUGACUUGGCUGAAUUCCAGGAGCUGUUUCUGCUCUUGGAAGAUACUUAUCACGAUUUAGAUGCUGUGCUUGAGGAGACUGGCCUAGCAACGAUGGACAUUCCGACACAGGACGUACACAUCCGUGAAGGCGUUGGAGGUAAAUAUGUUGAAUUUUUUGCAAACAAGGUGCUUCCUUUCGGUCUGAGUGCUACAACGGAGGCCGCUUGGGAUCACUUCAAAGGUAUUGAGAAACAUUGCGGUAAUGGUGAGCUGUACGAGAAAGCUGCAAGGAGUCUUGACCAGCCUUUCACAAUUAUCGAAGACUUUACGAAAGAGGUUUACUCAAAUAAUUCCCGAGCAGACAUGGAGAUGAAGCAGAUUGUGCGACGCUACGUCGAAGCAGACCGGGAUGUUAUCAUAUUCGUCUGUCGUGGAAAGCCUAUUGAGAUUCGACAUAAGGCGAUUGCUGGACUGGCUUACCAUCUUUGUAGCUACGUCGUCACUAAGCGUGCUCCAGCUUCGACUGCUGAUCAUAACUUGUCGCUUCUGCAAAUAUGCUCACGGAUAUCGAUUGACAAAGAUGCUGGCGUCGAGGAUGAUCCAUGCGACAGCGAGUACAUCUGUAAUCUUCGCUAUAUAAAGUGUGCAUCAAUACACUGUUGUACUACUGCAACCGGGUGUAUUUGGUACAUUCUACCAAAUCAAUAUUCGCUUAUAACCACCAAGCUCAAGUUUUCACAACCUAUUGCGCAAAGAGGUGCGACUCCAUCGAUCGUAUCUUUGUGCCGAAACGUUCAGUCCAUAAAUGAUGUUGGCUUCGUUGAAUUAUUAGAAAAGUUCUGGGUGAUGUUGUACUUUGCCUUUCUAAUGAAUAAUUCUCUGCUGCAAAAACAUGUACCACACCUCAACGUUGACGUAUUUUUCACGUCAAACUUUUCCUAUUGUAAAGGCGUUGUCCAUAUCUCGGAUGAUCAAUCUCCUGAAUACACGUACCCUGAACUUUUUUUCCACUUGGGUGACUGA